AGUACAUACGUUUCUCUGGCUCUGGUUGCAGACAUGAGCAUCCUUCUCUUUAACGGCUUCCUAUUGAUGGGCUUCGUCGUCGCCACGGUGCCGGACGGCUUGGUGCUGGGCUUGCCGGGCCCGACGCAACUCGCGGGCUGGGACACCGCGGCGAAGAGGUGCCGAUACACCAGGUCCUACUCGAUGCUGGAGGCGUCCUGCUCGAACCUGGAGUGGCAGAGUAUCCCGACGAACUUAAAGUCGGACAUACAGAUACUGGAUGCUACCGUGAACCGCGUGAGGGAUCUGACGAACGAUAGCUUGACCCCGUACACAAGUCUAGCUUACAUUUACCUAGCCGACAAUUUCAUAUCGAAUAUCGAGGAGGGGGCCUUCGCCAAACAACAAUAUCUGGAGGUGCUAGAUCUCUCGAAGAACGGCUGCGACAACCUGCCGAAGAGUCUUUUCCAGCUGCCGUAUCUCCGCACGCUCUACCUCGCUCACAACAAGCUCACCGACUCGGUGUUCAAGACGGAGGUCACCUCGCCGAUCAAGCUGCUACAAUUGACCAGAAACAAAUUCACCAAGAUCCCGAGCAUCGGCUUCCAGCCGACCCUCCUCACGCUCAACAUGUCCGAGAAUCAGAUCACCUCGAUCGACACCGAAGAUCUGGCGCCGUUCUGCUCGUUGAAGGUGCUCGAUCUCUCCAAGAACCCGAUCAAGUUCAAGGCCGGUUGCGAGUGUCAGACGUUCAACGCCUGGGUGAAGCUACGUCGGAUCAAGAUCAAGUCCGACUUUGCGAAUUGCACUCAGUCGCGAACUGCGAGCGAGAGUUGCGACGACGUGCAAUUCAGCAAUCGGACGUACGAGCUGUACGACGAGUGUUCGGGCAUCAUACAGCAGAAAGUGGAGACCGAGAAGGCCCGGUCUAUCUGGAUAUUGGUGGUCUCAUGCGUCUCGGCGUUCCUCUUCGUCAUCUUCGUGAUGCUGUUUUGCGUGCACAAGCGGAAUCGCAGGCGGCGCAGAAAGCAGAAAGAGCAACAGCAGCUUACGGCGAACAACGCCAAUACCGAGCUGCUGAACAGCAACCUGACCGCCGGUAAUUCGUGAAAUAAUCGCCAGGACCCUCGUACAGUAGAAAUUGUAGAGGAUUUUGCGUCGAUGCUGAGAGUGAAGUUUUACGCGAACCGCAAGGAGACGAAAGUUUAAGAGUUCUAUAUCUACUUCGAGGGAAAAAAAAGAAGAGUAAAAAAAUAAAUUAACACUGUUUUCAAAGUAUCUUGAGAAACCCUGUUGGUGUUUAUUGAGAGUUUAAUCGACGGAUUUCAGAAAGAGAGUUUAAUCGGAUAUAUCGACAGAUACGUGCCUAACCGUUUGUAUCUGAUCAUUAAUACACGUUCGCACUCGCAUGUUCAA